AUGUCCGGCAUCGCUAAGCUGCUGGCCUCUCAAGGCAAAUCGAGCGUCCGCGAUCUCGAUGCUAUCGAUCUGCACACACAUGUGUAUCUCCCUCGCUACAUGGACCUGUUACGUGCUCGAAGCGACGUCCCUAUGGUGCGUCCAGGCGUCGGAGGAGAACGUUUAAUCAUCCUCCCGGCUGAGAAACAGCAAAUGGAGCAGCAAAGCUCCACAAGCCCCGGUAUCAGCGCCGGUCGUCCAAUUGGGAAAGAAUAUUGGGACGUGGCCAACAAGAUCCGGUACAUGGAUCGCCACGGUAUCCGCACGUCCGUGUUGAGUCUUGCCAAUCCAUGGCUCGAUUUCUUGCCUUUAAACGAGCAGAUCCUUCAGGCGACACUGUUAAACAACGACAUGGAUACACUCUGUCAAGACUCGAAUGGGCGUCUCCUCGCCUUUGGUGUAGUUCCACAGGAUCCCCCAACCGCAGUCGAGGAGAUCCAACGCGUGGCGAGUGAGCUUCCUCACGUCCGCGGUGUGAUCCUCAGCACUGCCGGACUCAAUGGCAAAGGGCUAGACGACCCUGAAAUGCUCGAAUUCUAUCAAGCUGUUGAUUGUGCUGGCCUCACGAUCUUCCUCCAUCCUCAUUAUGGAGUGGGCAAUGAGCACUAUGGUAAGUACGGCCAUGCGCUGUAUCUUGCCUUGGGCUUCACGUUCGAGACGACAGUGGCGGUAUCGCAGCUUGUGCUCUCAGGGAUGUUGGAUAAAGUCCCGGAUACUCUGAGAUUGCUACUGGCCCAUUCGGGAGGCACACUACCGUUUCUGGCCGGUAGACUGGAUAGUUGUGUCGAACACGAUGCUGCCACUGCGCAGAAGCUGAAGCAUGCACCGAGUGUGUACUUGAAAAGGUUUUACUACGAUGCGGUGGCGUAUCACGAGCCAGCGCUGCAAUGUCUGAUCGACUUUGUCGGGAGUGACAAGAUCGUCUUUGGGACAGACCAUCCGUUCUUCCCUCCUGCGAAGGACAAGGAGACGAACGAGGGCGAAGAUCUAAGCGAGUUAGACUGGCGAUCGACGCUGUCUAACUACGAAAUCAUGGCCAACAUGAGCAAAGAAACGCAGAGUGCAAUGCUACGUGACAACGCCAAGAAGUUGAUGAGCAUUUGA